AUGUCCAAGUUCUGCGCCGUCGUUGCGGGCGCAGGCUCCGGCACUGGCGCGUCGGUGGCCCUUCACUUCGCCAAAACAUAUCCCGUCGUCCUCCUCGCCCGCAAACCGGCCAGCUACGAGCAGAUUGUGCAGGAGAUUCGUGCCGCGGGCGGCUCGGCACACGGAUACACCGCGGAUGUGUCGGAUCCAGCCUCCAUCGACGGCGCAUUUGCCCAGAUUGACAGGGAUCUCCGGGGCCACAAGCUGGCCGCGGCCGUGUACAACGCGAAUGCCGGGUUCGCGUACAAGCCGUUUUUGGAGCUCAAGAUUGACGAUUUGGACGCUAGCUUAGGGGCCGCCGCGAACGGCUUAUUCUACUUUGCCCAAAAGACGCUCCCCCGGCUCCUCGACGCCGUCUCGUCCUCGCCCCACCCGCCCAGUCUCAUUGUCACCGGCGCCACAGCGUCCGUCCGCGGCGCCGCCAAGUUCACCACCUUUGCGGCAGGCAAGUUUGCCCAGAGGGCCAUCACGCAGUCUCUGGCGCGGGAAUUCGGCCCCCAGGGCGUGCACGUUGCACUGGCCAUCAUCGACGGCGUCAUCGAUGUCCCCUGGGCAAAGGAGCGCACCGCGAACAAUGGCGUGGCGGACGGCAAGAUUGCCGCCGAGGCUAUUGCCCAGAGUUACUGGCAUUUACACACGCAGCCAAGGUCUGCAUUUACCCACGAACUCGACAUUAGGCCGUACGUAGAAAAGUUCUAG